AUGCGGCUCGUCGAUUCGACGAAGUUGUUUGAUCUUCAAAACAAACCUUCAAAUAUUCGCAAUAUAUGUAUUGUAGCCCACGUGGAUCACGGGAAAACUACCCUUGCAGAUGCCUUAAUAUCCAGCAAUGGUAUUAUAUCUCAGAGAAUGUCCGGGAAGCUUCGUUAUAUGGACAGUAGGCCUGACGAACAAGAACGAGGUAUCACCAUGAAAAGCAGCAGUAUUGCAUUGUACCAUGCCCUGGAUCAGACGGAAUAUCUUGUGAACUUGAUAGAUUCACCAGGACACAUUGAUUUCUCAAGUGAAGUUUCUACUGCAGUAAGAUUAUGUGAUGGUGCAAUUGUUGUUGUAGAUGUUGUUGAAGGAGUUUGCCCACAAACAAGACUAGUGUUAAAACAAGCCUAUUCAGAAAAUAUAAGACCUGUUCUUGUUCUGAAUAAGAUUGACAGACUAAUAGUCGAGAUGAAAAUGUCAGCGCUGGAUGCAUAUGUUCAUAUAACACAAGUAUUAGAACAGGUCAAUGCUGUAAUGGGAGAAUUAUUUGCAUCUGAAGUGUUGGAAAAUGAAGAAAAUACUAUUAAUAAGCAGGAAACAAAACCACCGUCAAAAGAAGAUCAAAACUUCUACGAUUGGACUUCUGCUUUGGAAGAUGCCGAUGACUCAAAUCUUUAUUUUUCUCCUGAGCAGGGAAAUGUUGUAUUUGCAAGUGCUAUAGAUGGUUGGGGAUUCACAACCCAUACAUUUGCUAAAUUAUUCUCAAAUAAAUUAGGAGUAAAGGAAGAGCUUUUGAGAAAAGUGCUAUGGGGUGAUUUCUAUUUGAAUUCAAAAACAAAACGAUUUAUGAAAGGUGCUCAAGAAAAGGCCAAAAAACCUCUUUUUGUACAAGUCGUUUUUGAUAACCUCUGGAAUAUUUAUGAAACAAUAAUUUUAAGAAACGAUAAAAUGAAAGUGCCCGUAAUUUGUGAAAAACUUGGAAUCCAGUUAACGACUAGAGAUCUACGACACACUGACGGUAGAGUGCAGUUACAGUCUCUAAUGAUGCAGUGGCUUCCAUUAUCGCAAACGGUUUUAGAUAUGGUGUGUACUAAGCUUCCGUCUCCAAAAGAAAUUCUUCCAGAAAAAGUUGAAAAACUAAUGUGCUCGCGAAUACGCGACUUCGAUUCGUAUCCAGACGAAACAAAAAAGCUGAAAGAUGACUUCCUCGCCUGUGAUAGUAGUAAUAAUAGACCAUUAAUUAUUUUCAUAUCAAAGAUGUUUAGUGUUGAACGAAGUUCACUACCUGAGAAUAAGCCUAAGGCAUUGACGGCUGAAGAAAUGGCAUUACGUCGAGAGAGAGCGAGACAGAUGCGCGAAGAAUUAAAGAAUAACACUAAUAGUGAACCACUGCCAAUGUCCAAGGAAACGGUGGACACUCCGGAAAAAUGUACAGAAGACGAAAGAGGAAAGGAAGAUGAAGACAAAGAAAGUGACACAGCGUUUAUAGCUUUUGCCAGAGUAUUCAGCGGUAAAGUUAAGAGAGGAGACAAAGUUUACGUUCUAGGUCCUAAACACGAUCCAUCUAGAAUACUAAAUGAUCCAAGUUUCAAAGUAGAUCCUAAUAAGAAAUUAAAGGAUUUGCUGAGUGAUGAACAUGUUACAUGUGCUGAAAUUAAAUCACUGUAUAUCCUAAUGGGAAGGGAAUUGGAAGACAUCAAUGAAGCAGUUAGCGGAAAUAUUAUUGGUAUCGGAGGUCUAGAUGAUCACAUAUUAAAAACGGCAAUUUUAAGCAGCACACUUGCUUGUCCUCCCUUCAGCGAAAUUCAGUACGCAGCUGUGCCAAUUUUGAGAGUAGCUAUAGAACCAACUUAUCCGUCACAGUUACCAGAGUUAGUUAAAGGUCUUAGACUAUUGAAUCAGUCUGACUCCUGCGUCCAGGUGUUUCUACAGGAAACUGGUGAACACGUGCUUGUGACUGCUGGUGAAGUCCAUCUACAGAGGUGUCUAGAAGAUCUAAAGAAUCUUUAUGCAAAAAUACCAAUCACAGUAUCUGAACCAAUAGUUCCAUUUAAAGAAACCAUUGUGGAACCACCAAAAAUAGAUAUGACCAAUGAGGAAAUAGACUCCCAAAAUAUAGAUAAAGGAAACGACAAUGAACAAGAUCCAGUAAUAACAAUCUACACGAACAACAAACAGAGUAGAAUCAAAAUCAGAGCUAAACCACUACCCAAUGAAAUAACUGAUUUAUUAGAUAGAUCAUCAGACUUACUCAAAGCUAUUUCACAGCAUAUAAAAUAUCUACAAGGAAUAUCGAAUGAAAAUCUAGAAAAUAAACUAGAUGAUCUACAAAUUAACGGCAAAGCAAAACACGAGCUGUCAGAAAGAAUGCUGAAAUUAAUAGAAGCCUUUAUACAGGAGUUGCAAAGUAUCUGUACAAAACUGGGACCGGAAUGGCAGGAUGUUGUCAAGCAAAUAUGGUCUGUGGGCCCUAGGAAUUGCGGCCCGAAUUUACUUCUAAACCAGACGGAGGAUUAUAGUACUAAAUACUUACACCAUGAAAAAGUUUUGAAGGAAGAUAUCAGGUUUGAAUAUGAGAGCAGUUUUGUUAAUGGUUUUCAAUUGGCAACAUUAGCGGGGCCGCUGUGUGAAGAACCGAUGAUGGGAGUGGCUUUCUGUGUCGAAGAAUGGGCCUUAGAGAAAGGUGAUAGUGACGAAACACAUUCAUAUGGGCCUUUAUCAGGUCAAAUUAUGUCCGCUGUGAAGGAAGGAUGUCGGCGUGCGUUUCAAGUGCAGCCUCAGAGGUUGAUGGCCGCUAUGUACUCCUGCGAUAUCGUUGUCGACCAGAAAGUAUUAGAAACGUACAGUCAUCUUGAGAGAGAGCUAUUUACCCUAGCUGAAGUUUUCGUUGAGUUCAAUGAGGCGAAACUUAUAAUGGCCUGCAUGAACCCAACAUACUUUUAA